AUGGGGGCUACCUACCACCCUAAAACGCAGAAAUGGACAUUAGAGGGAAAACUAGUGUGGCCCCAACGUCUGACCUAUUACUUGGUUGAUCAUCUCCAUAAACUGACCCACCUGAGUUACAGAAAGAUGAAAGCCCUUCUUGAAAAAGAAGAAAACACCUACCAUCUGCUGGGGAAAGACAAGAUUCUACAGCAAGUGGCAGAAAGGUGCACCGUGUGUGCACAAGUAAAUGCUGGACACAGUAAGGUGGGUCCUGGGGCCAGAGUCCGGGGACACCGACCCGGAACCCAUUGGGAAGUUGAUUUCACAGAAGUCAAGCCUGGACUAUAUGGAUACCGGUAUCUGCUGGUGUUCGUGGACACUUUCUCUGGAUGGGUAGAAGCCUACCCUACCAAACAUGAAACUGCCAGAGUCGUCACCAAAAAGCUUUUGGAAGAAAUCUUCCCCAGGUAUGGUAUGCCACAGGCACUGGGCUCCGACAACGGCUCUGCAUUCAUCUCCCAGGUAAGUCAGUCGGUGGCCACACUACUGGGGAUUGAUUGGAAAUUACACUGUGCUUAUCGUCCCCAAAGCUCAGGACAGGUAGAAUGAAUGAAUAGAACUAUUAAGGAGACUUUAACUAAAUUGACGCUUGCAACUGGCGUUAGGGAUUGGGUGACCCUCCUCCCCUUAGCACUGUAUCGGGCCCGAAAUACACCUGGCCCUCAUGGACUCACUCCUUUUGAAAUCCUUUAUGGUGCCCCACCGCCAGCUGCCCACUUCCUCGACCCUGACAUAGCCUCUUUCUCUCGACCUUCUCUCCAAGCUCAUUUACAGGCACUGCAAAUCGUACAACGGGAGGUCUGGAAACCACUGGCAGCUGCGUACCAAGAACAGCUAAAUCAACCUGUGAUACCCCACCAAUUCCAGAUCGGGGACGUGGUCUGGGUGCGACGACAUCAGACCAAGAACCUAGAGCCGCGCUGGAAGGGACCCUACACUGUACUACUAACGACACCCAUGGCCCUAAAGGUAGACGGCAUCGCAGCCUGGGUCCACGCCUCCCACGUCAAGGCCGCCGAUCCCGAACUCCUACCCGACCACCCGGAGUCAAAAGCCAGAUGGAAACUUCACCGCACCCAAAAUCCCUUAAAGAUAAGAUUGACUCGUGGGGAGCCCUAA